AUGCUGACCUUUUAUGCGCAAAUUGCGGCAGCAGAGCGUGCCCCUCUAGUGCCAAGCAUUGUCCAGCAAUUAGAUCCUUUUGAAGGGGGGCUGUGUCUUCACUCUCUUGGGUCCAAAGACCUUCGGAUUAUCUUUCGUGCAAUACUGGCGCAGCCCAAGGAUUUACAACGCCUCAUCAUAGAGGACUGCAAUUUGAGCUCCCUCGGCGUGGCACUAAGCAAUGCCAUCUGCUCGGCAACUGAGCUAGAGACCUUGAUCUUCGACAGGUGCCAAUUUGCAGUCAACGCUCUGUACACACAAGUCCUAGCCAACCUCCACCUUACUAAAGUAAAGGCACUCUCUAUCAUCAAUUGCAAACUCACAGAUUCUCAGCUCAUAUCUUUUGCACGCACUCUUGACAGCCUACCCUACCUUACCGAGCUUUCGCUCUCGCACAACCACGUCAAAGAUAGCGCUAUAGCGCAGCUCUUUAAGGCUCUUCAGAACUAUUCUCUUGAUACUCUGGACUUGCGGUUUUGCGGCCUGGGGUUCCAGAGUGCCAAAAUCAUCUUGUCGUUUCUUGACCGAUACCCAGCAAAUAUAGGUACAUUGCUACUGGACUACAAUAACUUUAGUGCGAAUUUACAGAAUCGUCUCCUUCAACGAUGCUCUGACGGUGCUCCGCGGGCCUUGGACAAAAGCCAAGGCAGUAGUAGGUCUUUAAGCAGAUCCUUAAGCAGGUCAUCCAGCAGGAGUCCACAAGAUCGUCGUCUUUCGCAUGCUAUGCGCACAAAUGUCUGCACUAAGAUAAGUGGAUUCCACGACGACGCGCUCCAGAAUACUGAGUCAAAUACGCUUACUCAAACCCACUUGGAUAUCAACUCUGGUACACAGAUACACAUGGAUUCUCUUGAACUUGCAGAUAUACAGCCCAAUAAUCAGGCAGAAAGCGGUGAUAUGAAUCCGAUGGUGUUACCAUCUCAAUCUGCUUCUGAAUUGACUCUAAACUUCCCCGGCACUGAAAAUUCUUCUACCAUGUUACAUACCAUUCAGCAUUGUAUCAAUACUAAUGAGCUUACUGCCUUUCUAGAUGCUCAUCCAGACAAACAUGGGCACCCGCUCAAUGUAGACUUCAAGACGUUCAAGUGGUCCUUUUCAGACAUCCUUAGUACCUUCCAAUCUAUUAUUUUUUCCUGCCAAAAGCGUAAGGAAAAACUCGGGAAAGCUGACCUUCGGAAGAUGCUCAGUAUCUUGCAUUCCUUGCACAACGGUUCUGUGACAUAUAACGCACUCCUGAGAUUAGAUAUGAUAUAUAAAUUAAAGUGUGCAGGCAAACGGAGUGAUGCGUACGUAGUGUAUCAGGAGAAGAAGGCUGGCUUACUGCUCAAAAGCUCGAACUUGGAACAAGUCGCUGCUUCCCAUCAAAGCGAAAUGCAAGGUUUAUUUACUCGUAUAUCAGACUUACAACAACAUAUUAAAAAUGUUACCAUACGGCUAGAGGGUGGUAGCCUCGACGAGGAGAUUAACGAUCUAGAGAAGAAAAUUUCAGCUACAAAAACCAAAAAUGUGGAGCUGUCUACUCAGGUAAAAGAAAUACAACAGCUUUACGAUGAGCUACUCGCCACUGAGUAUGCCCAGCAAUCAUCUGCAGCUGGGUAUGUUGAUAAUCUCCGAAAAGAGUUUCCAGUUUAUGCCGAAGCCAGAGAAGGAUACUGCAAGUACCUCUACAAUCUAAUAGAUGAGCUGCUUGAGCGGGUGCGGAAUCACAAGAAUGAACUGAAAGGUCUUUUGGAUGCUAUCCGUGUCCGCAGUGUAUAG